GUUUAUUACUCAGAUUUGCUGGGAAAUUCCGCUUGCCAUUUUGACCUAAGAGUUUCGCUGUAAUUUUCUGCCCAAUUGGUCGCCGGCUGUGUCUUUUUCAUUAUUGGCUUCAAUCUGAUCCUCUGAUAUAUAGUAUACAAUAAUAUAUUGUUUCCCCAGCCCAGUAGGUUUCUUUGGGAAGGAAGCGAUUCUUACUGGCGGCGUUUGCAUGAGAUAGAGAUAUAGGAUUAUUUAAACUCAGAGUAAGCCAAAAAAGGCAUAGUGUUGCAGAGACUUGUCAGAUAAAGAUUUUCACUGGGAAAGCCCAAAUCCUAAUUUCUGUCCACUCGAAUCUAUGGAAGCCUUAUAUCGCUGGUGGGGGAUUGUUCGUAUUUAAUAUAAAAGCUGAAGGUGUUGGAGCUUCGGCGGCCGGAGAUUCAACAUCCACAAUCAGUUAAUCCCCUUGGGGUAACCCAGGAGAUGUAACACAGGCUAAUUCAUUUCUGUUCUCGAAAGUGCUCGAGUUCCGUUGUUUAAGCCUAAUUUUAAUUAUAACAAAAAUGGAAUCGAGACAAAAAACACCGAGUGUGAUGGCCCAAUUGAUGGGUCUUGAUAAAGAGCCUUCCCAGCUUCAUGUCAAAGAAAAACAAAGAGUGCUCUCUGAGAAGUAUCUGCAAAAAGUUGCUUCUAUUGGUUUCAGAAGGAAACGUUUGCCUCAUCAGAAUAAUUCCUCGAGAAUGAGCAGUGAUGAAAACGAAGAAUGUGGAGAAGUUUUAAGAGCAUUCAAGUCAAUAAAGAGAGACGAGAGCCAUGAGUUGUCGUCAGAAAACAGAAAGGAAAGCCUGCAUUUGUUUGAACCAAGGAUUAUUGGUUUGGAACAGCAGCUUUUCAAGGGUGAGACGCUGAUUUAUCCCGUCGGUGCCUUUGAUAUUGAAAAAAGUGUGAAGCAUGCAGGGAGGACUUCUGAAAAUGGAAAUCUGCAAAUGCUUGAUGAAAUUGAUAGCGACCUGCAAAGAAAUGUGAAUAGAGAAACAAGAUUGUAUGAAAUGUUAAAGUUUUCCAGAUCUCAACUUGAAUCAAAGGGUCGAAUUUUCCCUUCAAGGAUCGUUGUUUUGAAACCCAGUGACGGAAAGGGAGAGAGCAGUUUAAAAUGCUUCUCCUUACCUUCUUCUGGAUAUUAUCCUUUGGUUAAUGGGAUGCUCAAGAAAUUUUCUAGUCAUGAAAGUUCAAAAUCGUUUCCUGGAAUCAAAAAAAGAAAGAAAUUAUCUGAUCACGUGGAAUCUAUUGACCAGAGCCCCACAGCUUUUAGCAAAAUUUCAGAUGAAGUUUCUAGUCAAACAGGAGAUGCUUCAAGCAGAGUUAUAGAUAUGAGUUCAGAUUCAUUUUUCAGAAAGAAUGAAACUUGUCUUAGAAGUUCUGAAAUUCUGAAACCUGUCAGUUACGAUGAUCCAAGGACUGAGACUAAGGAUAUAGUUCAUAAAUAUUGGGGUUUGAGCAAGGAUGCAUGCCUGAAUUCUUCACUGCAGGAGUCAAAGAAGCAAAAUACCAACGUGAAAGAUUUUUCAAUACAUACGACCCAUUGGUCUUAUCCUGAGAAAUCCAAGUCUCUUCUUUCUUAUAGUUUCAAUAGUAACUGUAAAGAAGAGAGUCUUGUUAGACUGCAUAAGUUGAAGAAAAAAUUCUUUGGGGUUAACUUGUCAGAGCAGAAACCAAAACUUCCCGAAAUGUCACCAUCUCAGCCUUCUUUUUCUUACAGUGACAGUCAGAUCAUACAUCAGGCAUCCAUAAUCAAAGAUGAAGCGAGUAGGCUUAUACAUGACAAUAUUUCUAAGGAAAAUGUUGCAUCUCAUAAUUCAUCAGUUUAUGGUCAAGUGGCUGAUGAAAGGACUGAUGCCGUUGGAAGGCCCCUUGGAAAUCCAAGAAUUCAGGUGUCUGAAACAAGAGCUUGCAUUUUGUUGGAGGAUAGUGAUUCUUCUAGUCACACUUCAUAUGCUUCAAUUCAACGGGAAGAAUCAGAAUUCCUCCAAGAAGAUGAUUCUGUUUAUUUAGUUUGCUCUGACGUAAAGACGGAUUCUGUUGGUAGCUUUGAUGAGGCACAUGAACCUAGUCCAAUCUCAGUUUUGGAGCCCCCAUUUGGAGAAGACGUUUCAUUUGGUUCUGACAGCUUGAAGUUUGCUGGUGAUGAUUUAUAUGAUUCCCCAGAAAUGGACAACGAAGGACUAGGUUUCAGUGUUUCCAGUGAUGAAGAUUGUUUGGAAAGAUCUGCGGGAGACUUGGAAGAGAAGCAAGAUUUUGUAGGAUUUUUGAGAGCCGAAGAAAGUAGGGAGUUUUCGUAUGUUGUGGAGGUCUUGACUGAGGCGGGCCUCUCUAAUACAAACCUCUACACAGAUUUCUGUACAUGGCACUCUCUACAAUGCCCUAUUAGCCGUUCUAUAUUUGAAAACCUUGAAAUGAAGUUUGGCAAGCAGUCAUAUUGGAAGAGAUCAGACAGGAUGCUUCUCUUUGAUCGUAUUAAUCUAUCACUAUUGGAGAUUCUCCAGCCAUGUAUGUGUAUUCCAGCAUGGGAAAAGCCGGUAUCGAGAUGGUUGAAUGCUGAGCCAAGCUAUGACAUGAUGGAGGAACAGCUGUGGGAAUUGCUCGUUGCACAAGAAAAGGAAGCUAAGAAGGAUUCAGCAGAUAAGAUGCAUGUAGAGGGAAACAGUUGGAUAGAAUUACGUUAUGAUAUCGAAGAUAUUGUUAGACAGGUAGUUCAGUUCCUAAUGGAGGAGCUUGAAGAAGAGACAAUUAGCUUCUAGAGUUUUUGAAACUAAGGAUUUGCAUUUUUUUUUCAUGUAAGGGAUAAGAAUUUGCAUUUGCAUCCGCAAGAAUUUUACAUGUAUAUAGCAAGAUUUCGAGGGAAUGACGAGUUUUUUUUUUGAGUUAGGGUGUAGGUGUGGUCUCCGCUGUUGAGUUAUUUUUUGUUUAGGAUCCAAGUAUAGGCUUUUGUUGAGUUACUCAUUCAUGAGGAGAAACAUUCAUUUUGUAUGAAGGGAAAAAAAGCAAAAAAAGAAAAACAAAGAAAGAAUACCUUGGCAUGAACUCCGGAUCUAUCUGAUACUAUCAAGUCAUGUUUCUAUAUUGUGCAAGUUAUGUCAUGGCAAUGGAAUGUGAUUUUCUUUUUGGUCUUU